UGACCACCGCCUGGAGCCACUGCGCAUGCGCACAUCAAAUGUAGGGCGGAGCUUCUGUGACGCAGUAGGAAGACAUUUCCACGUGUGGUUGUGUCCGGAAAGUUAACAUUUGUGGACACACACACCUGCCAGCUGCCACACAGGUGUGCCAAUGAUGUCAUCAGCAGAUGGACAGCUGUGUCUGAACAUCAGCGAAUCUUUAACAUCAUCAUCAUUUCCCAGCAGCAGGAAACGACUGAAACCUCAGCAGAAAUGGGCUUUAAAGAAGCAAAGAGCAGAGAGGAAGAGGAGGAUCAACACAGAGGAAGAGGAGCAAUGUUCAGCCAAACAGAGGAGACAGCAGCUUCAUCACACAGCUGAGGAGGAGGAGGAGGAGGAGGAGGAGGAGGAAGCUGCACCACCUGUUCCACUGCAGGCUCCGCCCACUGAGACGACUCACAGGACACCACAGAAGAAUAAAAAGGAGAGGAAAGACAAGAAGGAGGAGAGGAAAGACAAGAAGGAGGAGAGGAAAGACAAGAAGGAGGAGAGGAAAGACAAGAAGGAGGAGAGGAAAGACAAGAAGAAGACAGAAGAGGAGACAAAGACAGAAACCCACAGCAGCAUCAAGACUUCAUCUCUGUUCAAAAACAACCCAGAGAUUCCAGAAAUCCACAGACCAACUGUUUCCAAGGUAAAGGAGAAGAUCUUCACUUCUGACUCUUUCUCAGACCUCCACCUGCACCCCCACCUGGUAGCAACGCUGAAUAAAGUUUUGAAUGUCUCUACUCUGACCAGCGUUCAGAAGCAGACCAUCCCUGCCCUUCUGUCGGGACGAGACGCUUUAGUUCGCUCUCAGACCGGAUCAGGUAAAACCCUGUCCUAUGCCGUCCCGCUGGUUCAGAGUCUUCAGUCGGUUCAGCCGAAGGUCAGCAGGUCUGAUGGACCUCUGGCUCUCAUCAUCGUCCCGACCAGAGAGCUCGCUCUGCAGACCUUCCAGACCUUCCAGAAACUUCUCAAGCCGUUCACCUGGAUCGUCCCAGGUGUGCUGAUGGGAGGAGAGAAGAGGAAAGCAGAAAAGGCCAGGAUCCGUAAAGGAAUCAACAUCCUGAUCUCCACUCCUGGACGUCUGGUGGAUCACAUCAAACACACCCUGAGCAUCGCCUUCAGCGCCGUCCGCUGGCUGGUUCUGGACGAGGCCGACAGGACUUUGGACCUGGGUUUUGAGAAGGACCUGACGGUCAUAUUGAACAGUCUGAACUCGACAGGACCGGCCCGACAGAACGUUCUGCUGUCUGCGACUCUGACACAAGGUGUGACCCGGCUGGUGGACGUCUGUUUAAAGGAUCCAGUUAGUAUUCACGUUUCUGGCUCCGCCUCCUCUGACAUCACCGCAGCAGCCGGCCAAUCAGAGAGCUUCUCGGUCCCAGAGGCCCUGCGGCAGUUGGUGGCAGUGGUUCCCAGUAAACUCCGGCUGGUCUGCCUGGCUGCGUUCCUUCUGGAGAAAUGCAAAUUUUCUGACAACAACAAAGUCAUCGUGUUCGUGUCGAGCUGCGAGGCUGUGGAGUUCCUGCACACGCUCUUCACCUGCGUCCUGUCCAAGCAGCCGGCCAAUCAGCAGCUGCGCUUCCUGCGUCUCCACGGCAACAUGAAGCAGGAGGACCGCUCCCAGGUCUACGAGGAGUUCUCUGCUUCUGGGUCCGGAGUUCUGCUGUGUACGGAUGUAGCAGCUCGAGGGUUGGACCUUCCUCAGGUCACCUGGAUCAUUCAGUACACUCCUCCCACCUCGGCGGCAGAAUACGUUCACCGUGUCGGUCGGACGGCUCGGAUAGGAGGAAGAGGAAACGGCCUCCUCUUCCUCACCCCCACUGAGACGGCCUUCGUCACGGAGCUGGCCAAUCACAACAUCAGCCUGUCGGAGGUGAAGCUGCAGGACCUCCUGUCCUGCCUCAUGAUGGACGACGCCUACAGGGGGCGGGGCAAGUACCACAGCCAGAGUUCGUCCAAAGCUCUGGAGCAGGAGGUCCGUGAACGCGCCACCGUCCUUCAGACAGAGUUCGAGACCUUCGUGCACUCGAGCGCCACGUCCCUGCAGGCCGCUAAGACAGCUCUGCAGUCCUUCCUGCGGGCAUACACCACGUAUCCCACGCACCUCAAACACAUCUUCCACAUCCGCUCGCUGCACCUGGGCCACGCCGCCAAGAGCUUCGGCCUCAGAGACGCCCCGCAGGGCCUGAGCCGGCCCGGAAACCAGGGCCGGGCCAGGAACCAGGCCAGGAAGCCUGCUGCAAGUCCUGGCAAGAACCAGAACCAGAACCAGAACCAGAGCCGGACCGCUGAGAAAAGAAAGUUUCACCCGGGUCGGAGGGAGGCGGUUCUGAUCCGGUCGGAGUUCUCCAGCGGGUUGGAGGGAGGAGCCAGGAGGAGGAAGAGGAACCGGGGUCAGGAGGAAGAGGAGGGGGACUGAGGAUGAAGAGUUUUCAGGGUGUUUCUGUGAACCAUGAUGGAACCGGUCCGAUCCAGUCCAGUCCAGUCCAGUCCAGUCCAGUCCAUGGAUCAGUUUUAGCAGAAUCAGAACCAGGCGGUUCUGGACUGAAAAAGAUUUUAAAUAUUUAAAGUUUUUAUUUAAAAAUCUGUUGAAUAAAUUUGAAGUUUUGAGAAGAAAACCUGCAGAAUCUCGUUGGUCUCCCAGAACCAGAACCAGAAUCAGGACCGACCCCCGGCUGACCCGGUCCGAUCCAGCUGCUGUUUGUUCAGUCUGACGUGAAACAAACUUUUAGCUGCAUCAAUUUUUCAGCCUCUGAUGAAUUUUUUAUCGGCUAAUGGCUCCAGAACCGUUUGAACCGGACCGGACCGACCCGCGGUUCUGGGACAGAAGUCCGGGUUAAAAACAGACUCAUCAAUAAAUCAUCGGCAGAGAUGUUGAUCGAGUAAACAGAACAGAACCGUCUGUAAACCAGCAGCAGAAAACUGGACUCAGAACCAGAACCAGUCCAGUUAGAGUUGGACUUUCCAGGUUCUGGUCGGGAUGCAGAAAAACCUGAAAGCAGAGACUCAAAAACCCGACUUUGUUUUUAUUUGACCUUUUUAAUAAACAGCCGUCAUCAGAA